UCAAUAUUUGUAAUUGUGGCAUUUGUAUGCAUAAUCCAUAAGUAUAUAUUUUUUCUGUGAAGUUAAACAAUGAAAAACGAGUGCGAUACAAACCGAGGUGCCGUGCCUAAGCAAGCCCUGAAGGCUUCAACUACUACAAAUGCAAGUGCGGCACAGCCGUUGAGCACAAAUACAGUGACAACAACAACAACAACGAACUCGUCCAGGAGCAGCAUCAGCCGUGCACGUAACUUAUCGCUGAAAAAACAACAGGAGCAGCUGGAACGUGAACGGGAAAGGGAGUCUACAAAUUCAUUGCAGCGCGGCUCCUGCAAAGCCAUAUUUGAGCUGCUGGAGCGCGCCUCAGUAACGAAAUCUCAGCAACAGCAACGUGAGGCACUGCGUCAAUUGGCCGCGGAGCAUAGUUACGAUCCAACAGCGGAUCAGCUACAGGAGCAACAGCAGCGCUAUUGCUUUCCGGUGCGUCCAGUGCAGCGAGUGCAGCAUCAACAGCAGCCAACGCCUGCCACAGUCGCUGUGCUGCGCAAGCGUCAAUCAACGACAGCGACAACACCCAAUGCCACAGUAGGCGUUGUUACGCCACACACAACCAACGGCAGCGAGGAGCAAUCGCUGAGCAGCAGCAGCAACAGCAGCAGCAGCAACAACCAUUCGACAGCACUGCAGACGCUAGUGAAUCGUCUGUUCAGCACCCAUUCGUCACACCAAUCAAACGCCGUGCGCUCACAGGUAGAUAUAUUGCGCACUUUGCUGGGCUUGGAUGAGAAUUGGAAUACCAGUGCCAGUGGUCAGCAGACAGCAGACACUUUGUUGGAGCAACUGAACAAUAUGGUGCACGAAAAUAAUCCCAGCACCACCAGCGAACGAGACGAGGGCAUUGUCAAUUCGACAAGUUUGGAGGAUGUGCCCAUAAGCGAGCUGAGCGACAAUCGCGCGCAGUCCAUACAAUCGCUGCAUAGCGUCAUGGACACACCCACGCCGGAUACUACGCCCAGCUUUGACGAUUUACAGCAGCGCCUGGACGCCUCCAACCGUAAUAUGCAGCAUUUGCAGCAAGAGCAGGCCAAGCUUUUGAAUAUACAGAACAUGGCCAAAACGCAUCUCAACGAAAUGGAACAACUGCGUCAGCAAACAGCACGCUUGCCGCACAAUGGCGAGGCACCCAACUAUGAGUCCGUGCAGCAGGUGCAGGAUGAUAUGGCCUCUCUAGUCGGACGCAUGAAGAAUCUCACGGCUUUCAUACACAAUCAAAACGAGCUAAGCAAUGUGCUGGGCGACGAUGGUCCCGAGAUUAUGGCUGAGCAACAAGCGCUUCAAGAGAAAUUAGAAUCGUUGCGCACACAACGCGAGGACAUGCGCAAUUUGGUUGACGAGCUAAAUAGCAUUAAUCGCACGGCUAGAGAGACGGCACAGCGUGUGCGUGAGUCUAGCGAGGAGUCUCAAGAGGCAGCGCCGGUAGUCGUUAAGAGCAGUGUGUCGCCAAAGCCGAGCAAUGAGCGUGUAGUGCCAGUAGAGUAUCAACGCAAUGUGCCCAUAAUUCGUCAGGAGGCUGCCAAUGCAGCACAACGUGCACUGCAGGCGCAGACGCUGAUCAACCAGAAGACGGCAGACAUUGAUGCACUCAAAGCGCAGAUGGCUAGGUUGAAGAAUAUGCUCAACACGGUGACGCAGAUAGAGGAGAAUACGCCCAGCGUGGGUGAGGCGCUAGAGACGCGUCAAAACGUGGAGAUACCAAUGGAAAUAACACAACGCGUGCAUCAGCUGAAUGAUGUCACCAGCGAGUUGCGCGCUGAGGCGGCCAGCUUGCAACAGGAGCGUGAUCGCAUACUGGCGCUCAAGGCGGAAAUCGAGCGACGCAAGCAGCAGGCAGCAGCCGCAGUGCAAAUGGGCGAUGAAGCGCUCAAACGCAGCAGUCUCACACCUACGCCCACACCCAUGCGUCAGCGCGAAAUGGAGCUGCAGCAGCAGCAAUCGCUAGAGGAUUUGGAAUCGACACGUCAUGUGCCCACACGUGAGGAGCUACAUGCGCAAUGCCAGCAACUGCGUCAGGAGUAUGAACAGAAGCAACGCGAGUAUGAGCUGCGCUACGUAAACAACGACCAUGGCAACAACCACUGCAGCAGCAGCAACAACAACAGCCAUAACAACAACACCACCUCCGAGGCGGAUGAUGAGGGCAACGACGACACCGAUAGCGAUAGGUACUUUGCGCAUGCGCGCACUGCUUCAGCGGCAACGCUCAAGCGCGCCCCAUCUGCCAGUACAGUGGUAGAGCAACAAAUACAACAACAGCAGCAAUUGCAGCAGCAGCAGCAGCAACCUCCAUCCAGGCGUCACCAACAUAAGCCACAGGCAGCACCACAUUCGCUAUCUAACAAUGAAGAGGAGCUGAACAUGACCAUGGAUAGUCUAUCGCUGGGCAAUGACAGCAUACAGUCCAGCAGCACCAGAUCACAAUAUAUGCCACCGCCCAUGGCGCCGGUGCAAGGCAUGUGGAAUACACAUAAUGGUGGAAAUGCGUGGCUUGCAGCGCCUGCUUAUGCGCCCGUUGCAACGGCGCCACAAGCAAAUGCGGCUGGGUCUUCGAAUGCAUCCAGCAGCAAUGCCACGCCGGAUGCAGUGCUGAUGCAGCAGUUUAUGCAAACACAGCAGAUGCUUAUCAACUCGGUUUGCCAGUGCAAUCAAACGCUGUGGCAUCAACAGCGCGAAAUCGACAGUCUCAAUAGUCAGCUACAUGUGCUGCAAGAUCGUCUGCAGGAGCAAAGCUAUGGCCUGCGCUCCGAAUCCAUGCCGCCGCCCGCUGCUCUCGGCCAAAUGCCCUCGAAUAAUCUGUGCCUGGGCGGCACCAAUCGCGCGCAGUCCGAGCAGCUCUACAGCUUUGGCGCCGCCUCGCAUCAGAGCGCCUUCAGCAACUAUCAGCGCAGCAGUCAUCGCAACAAUAUUUACGGCAGCGCCGAUGCGCAUCAGCAGCAAACGUAUUUGAACAACGCUGUGCCGCCGCCGCCGCCUCCACCGCCCGCUCCGCAACCGACGUCUACGACACACUACAACAAUGAAACGCCUUUGUCGCCGAACUCGUAUCGUGCCAGUCCGGGACCCAUAUUUAUGAAUCACCACAACAAUACCAUACACCAGAAUAAUGCCAACUUGCGCACACAGAAUCAUCAUGCCAACAACUUGCAUUCGCUGCCGGAGGAUGCUGUGCCGCCGCCCACAUUGAACAAUCAGGUGCCGCCGGGCAAUCGUGCCAACAACUACUGGGAUAACUUUCGCAGCUACACACGCCAGAACUUGCUCUCCAACAAAAGCAAUGAGGAGCUCAAUAUGGAGCAGCAAUAUCGUCAAAUGCAGCGACAGCGCCAGCGACCCAGUUAUUUCUCCGCAGGCCAUUUACCACACAGCACGCGCAGCAGCACAAGCAGCAUGUUGCUGCAACAGCCACACGUGGUUGCCACGCCACCACAGCAGCAGCAACAUCGUUUCUACGAGUCGCCCCAGCAGCCACCAACUCACAACAGCAGCAGUCGCAGCAAUAAUCUAAAUAAUAGUAGCACUAGUCGAGACUGGACUGUCGACGAUGUGGAUGUAGAGGAGAACAAUGAUGCGGCCAUAUAUAGCAGCAGCAGGCGGCGCAAUCAGCGUCACGACGAGGAUGCUGCCGCUAUGCAGCAGCAACAGCAACAGCAGCUGUGCAGUGUUAAUAUGAAUGUCAAUAGUCCUCUGUAUCAACGCAACAAGGUGCCCGCUAAGCCCAGCACUUCAGCCGUGUCCUUGACUCCGCUGCAGCAGCGACAUUUGCGCUUUGACUUUGAGCUGCCGCCACAUAUGCAAAUCCUGCCAGCGCUACCACCAGCGCAAUUGCCUAUACCGCCUUGGCAUAAUGUAAGCAGCGCGUUGGAGCCUAUGGUAGCUAAUGAAGCGCAUGCUACAGCGGAGCAGCAUGAGGAAACCGCGUCGGAAGAACUAAAUCGCAAUUUGUUGGUGAACGCACUAAAAAAUGAUAAGUUUACCACCAAGUUUUAUGAGUCCAUCAAGGAGGACGUAUAUCGCAGAUUGGAGCGGCUCUUUGAGCAGCAACAGCAGCAGCAACAGCAACAAUUUCAACAGCAGCCACAGUUCGAGAUUAAUCAGAGUCAAUCGCAGCCAGCAGAGAUAGAGCCAACCGAAUCCACAGAAAGUGGCAAUGCUACGCCCCAACAUAAUCACAACGCUAGAGCUGAGCACGAGCCGAUUGCUUCAGCGGCAAUCGAGGCAGCUGGCGAAGCAGCGGCUGCUGUUGUCUCGGACAAUGAUGAGCAAAUUAUUGAAGUGGUUAUUGAGCAGGCAGCAGCGUCUACCUCGGCCGCCAGCACAGAAGUGACUCCCGAUCAUGAACUUAUUGAGUAUAUUAUCAAGCGUAUUCGCAAUCAGACGCAUAACAACACCAUCAUCAAUGACUCGCUGCUUGCUGAGGUGUCCAAGUUAACGGCAAAUGCAGCUCAAAACUCGGCAGCUCAAUGGACGCCACAUGCAGCCUCACCGCUCAUUUCACCCAAACGCAUUUAUGCCAAGAUUAAAAAGAUGGAUGUACCCCGACAGCGGGAUGAUUUCUUAUGCUGGUAUCGUAGCUACUUAGAACAGUUGUUUGUUGUGGAACAACCACGCAAUGGCUGCAAGCGUAAAAUCGUGAGCAAGGAGUCCCCGGAUUCGAGUAAUGACGCUGAUCUUGCUGAGGCAGAUCAAAAAAAGGCUGAGUGCGAGAAUAAUGAAAAUCCCGAUGAGGAAGCCAACGGCGCUGCAGCUGCUGCAAGCACAAAUUCAGCUGAGAGCAACUUGGAUUAACUUAUAGCACUAACCCCAGCACCCAGCCUAACAUUCCUAACUUAACCCACAUAACAAGACUAUAGUUACUAGCACAGAAUUAUAUUUUUUGUUCGUGCAUUUUAUAUUUUAGA